GAAGAAAAAUGAUCUCUCUAAUGUGUUAUAACUCGGGUUCAUCAUGCAUGGCCGCCCUGAUUUUCUACACUUGUGUUUGGAUCCCGUUUCUUCAGUUCAAGAGACUUGCUUUAUGCGUACUCAGCUUCUUCUUCCCAUGGCAUCAACCGGAGCGGAGCUGCCAGACGGUCGAUCUCUGCCUUCCGGUGGCAAGGUUUGAAGAUUUGAAACUUUACGCCGCCGGCUGCGGUGGAGACGACGGAGGGGAUGAUAAUGAAGCGUGCUCUAUUUGUUUGGCGGAGUUGGGUAAGGAAGAUGUGGUGAGCCAAAUCCAGAAGUGCGGGCACGUUUUUCACAUGAAUUGCAUCGAGAAAUGGAUGGAACGGGAUCACUUCACUUGCCCACUUUGCAGAUCUUUUUUGUUUCCAAAUGUGAUCUCUUCUCAUACCAAGUGUUGA